GGAGCCCGGGAGCAGCUGCGCGCCCGCCAAACGCGGGCGCAGGACCCAGGCGUCCGAGCCCGGGCUCCGGUGGGGCCCCCCCCGCCCCCGCCCCCGGGGCCCCGCCCCUACUCUCAAGACCCCCCACGCCUGCCCCCGCGCGGAGAGGGGCCGGUCCCCGACGGCUGCGGGAAGGUGCCAGCCCGCCCCGGAUGGGCAUCGUGGAGCCGGGCUGCGGAGACAUGCUGACGGGCACCGAGCCGAUGCCGGCGAGCGACGAGGGCCGGGCGCCCGGCGCCGACCCGCAGAACCGCUACUUCUACCCGGAGCCCGGCGCGCAGGACACGGCCGACCGUCGCGGGGGCGCCAGCCUGGGGGCACCGUACCCCGGGGGCGCCCUGGUGCCCGCUCCGCCGGGCCGCUUCCUCGGAGCCUACGCCUACCCGCCCCGGCCCCAGGCCGCCGGCUUCCCCGGGGUGGGCGAGCCCUUCCCGCCGACGGCGAGCGCCGAGGGCUACCAGCCUGGGGACGGCUAUGGGGCCCCGGACCCGCGCUCGGUUCUCUACCCGGGGCCGCGCGAGGACUACGCGCUGCCGGCGGGGCUGGAGGUGUCCGGGAAGCUGAGAGUCGCGCUCAACAACCACCUGUUGUGGUCCAAGUUUAAUCAGCACCAGACGGAGAUGAUCAUCACCAAGCAGGGACGGCGGAUGUUCCCGUUCUUGUCAUUUACUGUGGCGGGGCUGGAGCCCACCAGCCAUUACCGGAUGUUCGUGGACGUGGUCUUGGUGGACCAGCACCACUGGCGGUAUCAGAGCGGCAAGUGGGUGCAGUGUGGCAAGGCUGAGGGCAACAUGCCAGGAAACCGCCUGUACGUCCACCCAGAUUCCCCCAAUACUGGAGCCCAUUGGAUGCGCCAGGAAGUUUCGUUCGGGAAACUAAAGCUCACGAACAACAAAGGGGCCUCUAACAAUGUGACCCAGAUGAUCGUGCUCCAGUCUCUCCAUAAGUACCAGCCUCGGCUACACAUCGUCGAGGUGAACGAUGGGGAGCCGGAGGCGGCCUGCAACGCCUCCAACACGCAUGUCUUCACCUUCCAAGAGACCCAGUUCAUUGCCGUGACCGCCUACCAGAAUGCAGAGAUCACUCAGCUGAAAAUUGAUAAUAACCCUUUUGCCAAAGGAUUCCGGGAGAACUUUGAGUCCAUGUAUGCAUCUGUUGACAGCAGCGUCCCCUCCCCGCCUGGACCCAACUGUCAGUUGCUUGGGGGAGACCACUACUCUCCUCUCCUACCCAACCAGUAUCCCGUUCCCAGUCGCUUCUACUCCGACCUUCCCGGGCAAGCCAAGGAUGUGGUUUCCCAGCCUUACUGGCUGGGGCCCCCCCGGGACCACAGCUAUGAGGCCGAGUUUCGAGCGGUCAGCAUGAAGCCUGCAUUCCUGCCCUCCGCCCCUGGACCCACCGUGUCCUACUACCGAGGCCAAGAGGUCCUGACGCCUGGAGCUGGCUGGCCUGUGGCCCCCCAGUACCCUCCCAAGAUGGGCCCAGGCAGCUGGUUCCGCCCCAUGCGGACUCUGCCCGUGGAACCCGGUCCCGGAGCUUCAGAGGGACGGGGCCCGGAGGACCAGGGCUCCCCCUCCGUGUGGACUGAGAUCACCCCGCUGCGGCCGGAGUCCAGUGACUCAGGACUGGGCGAAGGAGACUCUAAGAGGAGGCGUGUGUCCCCCUAUCCUUCCAGCGGCGAUAGCUCCUCCCCUGCUGGGGCCCCUUCUCCUUUUGAUAAGGAAACCGAAGGCCAGUUUUACAGCUAUUUCCCCAACUGAGGGGAUGACAUGGGGAAAGGCACAGAAACAGUGUUAUCAGGUUGGAGGACACCCAACUAAUGCAGACGACAGACUCAGGACUGAGAGGCCCCAGCUCCCUCUGUCUCGUCUCCUUUUGUAGUUGGUUGAGGAAGAGGGGGUUCUGGGGUUCACUUGCUGCUUCCGGCCCACGAUGAAACCUGAGAGGAGUGUCCCCUGCCCCUUCCUCGGCCCUAACUACAAUCAUUUCCCUGGUGCUGCUUCUGGCUGUGGGUUCCCAGCUGGAGAACAGAGAACGGAGAACAAGAGGGUCUUGGCCACAAAGGAGCUUUCCGCUCUUCUCUGGGACUGGGUAGGGGUCCGGUGGGGCUGGCUGGGAACUGGAGACCGUCUUCCUUUAUAGAACUCACUUGGCGCAGUUUCGUUUGCGCCGAUGACUUUGGGCGGCUGGCCCGGACCCCCCCUGCGCAGAGACAGUGGGGUCCCAAGGAAGGGCGGGGAAGGGGGGGUUGGUGCACACCUCAAGAAGCGAAGUCUUUGGGGGUGGUGAUUAUGGGGGCACGCACGCUUUUUUCUUUUUCCUUUUUGGAAUGGGGAGGCUAUUUAUUGUACAGAGAGUGGUGUCUGGAUAUAUUUCUUUUGUCUUCAUCACUUUCUUCAAAUAAACAUGAAACUGGAGAAUGUGUCCUGCUUCAGGGCCCUGGAGGGGGACGUGGCUGGGGACUCACCCCGCUGGGAUUUGCAGGUGCACCAAAGCUCUCCAACAGCAGCUGCAGUUCCCAAGGACCUGUGCCUUCUUCUAGAAACCCAGAGUGGCUUCACUCAGGGGAUCAACAGAGCAAGACCACAUGUCCUGAAGGUUGAUGGUUGAUUCCACCUCGUAAGGCACCUUGGGACAGAGAAC